GACUCCGGAGCGUUUUGUAGGUUCCAGACAUUAGCUCACAUAGUUAUCGGAUGAAAUGGAGAUAUGACUCGCCUGUCGUCGUUGGUAUGAGAAGACUAUGUUUAGCUCCACGCAGUUAGUGCAUAUCGUUGAUUGGGUGCAGCGGUCCGGUUUUUAGACACACACUCAUGGAAACUCUGCCAGUGAAUGACUUGGACUCGUUCUCAUGACUGGGAUACUAGGAUAGCCCUAUGUCAGAUGUACCUCUGUGUAGGACCAGUCUUGAGAAGAAAUCCCUGGACUGAUUCUGUCACAAAGCGAAAGGAGAGUCCAUGGGGGUUGGUAGUGUGUGAACAUCUUGGAAUUCACCUCGACGAAGUGCCAAUAUACGAUGCAGUAUAAUUUUCUCUACAAGCCUCUAAGAAGACCACAGCAAGCUUGAAAACGUCAAAAUGGCGGACACGUCCCUGGCCUUUGUUGUACGUUUCCGGUUUGUAGCCGCUCUCUGGUGCAUUGUGGAGAGCUUGCUAUUCGGUGGACUAUUCUUUGGUUGGGCAUCCCUCGUGUAUGUAUUCAAGCAAGAGGGUAUAUACCACUUCCUGUGUAAUCAUCCCGCAGCCAAUGGAUCCAUAGGCAGCAAUGUAUCAAAUUCCCUAGAACAUAUGAGUAUACGCAACAGCGAGGUAGAACCACAUACCUUAUACUCGGGUAACAAGUCACUAGCUUAUCCCUCCUAUAACAUACAAGACACUGAAGAUGGUGUGGACGUCAGUGAUGGAGACAGACGACCUCCUGCUUCGUGUAAGGAACAAGAUGCCGUAUUGAAUCUAUGGUUUACCAUUGCGGUGUCGGUAUUGAGUAUUGCCACGUCUGUGAUUGGCUGGAUCCUCUACAGAUUUGGUCCCCUGGUUCUACGUUUCAUUGGAUCGGUCACUUUCUGUAUGGGAACGCUGAUGCUUGCAUUCGUGGACAACAAUGCACCCUGGAUUAUCUGCCCGGGAUUAUUGUCAAUGGCAUUCGGAGCUGUAUGUAUUAACGCCGCUAAUCUCCAGGUGGUUCCGUUUUUGUUUGACCGCGGGUCCUCUGUGGCCGUGUCCCUCCUGACCGGCUUCUACUACUCUGCUUCCACCACCCAGUGGCUUAUCAAGGUAGCGUUUGAGAAUGGCAUACCUAGACAACACUCGUACAUCCUACUGACAGCCCUCAACGUCGUCUUCGUGACGGCAAACUCCGUCCUCUUCUUCCGCGUGUCGCCACAUCCGGUCCAGGAACUCACAGUUCCGGUCAAGGAGAAUGACGUCACUGCCAAUGAAAGCCAACAGUUCCGCCCGCUCGUAGCUGGCGAGAAACCACCAGCGGUCAUGGAUGGUAAAGAACAAGUGGAAGAACUCACCUUAGCAAACGGUAGUCCACCUACCUCCCCUAGGCAUGAUAUGGACUCACCCAUGUUGCCAUCUGCUGUUGUGGAAGAGGUCACGCCUACUCUCAGAAGCUGUGUGUUCAACAGAACCUUCAUGUUCCAUCUCUUCUGGUUCGUGGUCAACGACUUCUAUCUACUCACAUUUAUUGGUAUUUCCAACGCCAUGUUAGAACGGGUACUUCAGAGGGACACAGGCAAAGUCAACCACUUCACAGAUGUGUUUUCCUUCUCUCUUAUGUGUGCGGCUAUAUUUGCUGUGGUUGGGGGAUUUCUCUACGACUGUCAAAGAAUGGCAUUCAAAGAACACAAAGGAUAUCAUCGACAGCUACUUCCGGCUGUUUUCCCUAUCACCAUGACAACAUUGCUAGGGGCGGUAACUGUGGGUCUGCAGUUUAUCAAAGCUGAGGAGAUCCUGUAUGCGCUGUUCGUUCUCUUCGUCAUCUACAAGCAGUGUGUGUUUGCGCUCACGUGGUCAUUCAUUGUGGACGUGUACCCCCGGAAGUAUUUUGGUGUGUUCUACGGAAUUGUGUUCACAACAGCAGGCAUCGUUCUUUUUCUCCAGUACGCUAUAUUCACGUGGAUUGCAAGCGGACCCUUUGCUCCCAUUUCCGUGAACCUGUUCCUGCUGUGCUUGCUCUUGCUCUCACUGGUCAAUCCGCUCAAUCUCCUGAUAAAGGGCACGUGUGGUCAGAGACAACCCCAAAGGAAUUAACGUCGUUGGUGCCUCAAAAACGCCAUGCAGGUCAAGCUGUCGACAUAUAGUGUGAUCAUCCCUUCAAGAUCUUGGCGUUGAGUCGGGCUGACAAUGACUUUAUACCCUCUCAAACCUUUAUUCCCCGAAUAAUGUCUUGCAGUGUUGUCCAACGAACCGUAAAUAUGUCCAUACACGGACUUCCUAUCAUAGCGGGUAAUAUAAUAACGUUUUUAGAAAAGUUCCAGUAAUUCAACGAUAAUGAACUAAAAAGGGUCUUCACGCAUGUUUUCCGUGAAACGAAUCUACAGAGAUGUUUUCGGCUACCCCACCGCUACUAAAAAUCAUUUGUUCCCCUGGCGUAAGCUUUACCUAGUGUGAAAGCGCCCGAAUUUUUGGAUUAACAGUCCAUGGUUUUAUACCGUUUAUUAUCUACAGAGACUUCCAACUAUUCCGUGUUGAGAGUGGGGUUUCACUGCGCACAGAACUGCGCCAUGGACAGAGAAGAAUCGUAUUGGUUGAAUACUCAUUUGAUAGAUAGAAGCUUAUGUGAUUUUGUUAUUGAAUAGUCAAAUUCAUUUAUAACGACAUCGAAUGAAGCGAAUAGUAAGGAAGAAAUCUAAUCCCUCAGGUAUGGUAAUGUAUGCUAAUAUUCAUGUAAAUAACAACCUUCGGAUAAACCGAAUUCGUGAUUAGACUCCCUAGAGGUCGAUAUAUCCGAGUUCGUUACAAUCAAAGUACGUUAUAUCCGAUACGAGAUGUCCGUGAGCAUGACCUAACCACAGUAGCCACCUUGCCAAACGACGGCAAUUAUUUGAAUGUGAAUGUGAGAGGAUUUAUACUAUAUUUAUAUGUAUAGUAUGCAAAUGUUUACGCACAGCCCGCCAGUGCAGCUUAAUAUGGGUUGCCUUGUACCAGUUGAGAACGGUCAAGUUCGAUUUAACCAGUAUAAGAUAACAAUGUAAAUAUGUUUGUUUUGUGAGUAGUUACACGUGACCAACCAUGAGAUGAGGGGCCUUAUUGGUGAAAAAUCACAUUUGGACUUCUUACUAUAUUUUUAAAUCAACAGCAUUUUAGAUCCAUAAAAUAUAACUGGUGAUCUUCAAUUCGUAUUCAUUACAUAGACACAUGGAACCAAACAUUUGGACUCAUAUUCUGCAAAAUCCCAUCAGGCUUAUUACUGUUUAUGUAAUAAUUGCAGUUUUAAGAUAUCAUGUCUGAUUAAUUGAAAGUAGACCUGUACGCUGAAAUGCUUAGAAAUCAUAUUUUGAUUUCAUUACGAACUAACGAGAGACAAUAUGGUACGUUUUUACAGUCCGCACACGUGACGUCAUUUUUACGGAAGUAAGUUGACGUCAAACGUCUUUCUUUAUGACGUCACACCACAGUUGCGUCCUAGCACUCAUAAGGUCUCUUCUCUCCAUGGCGGGUCACAUAUAUUGUCACAGUAAAUGAAAAUAAUAGACGGGUGUAAUCGCCCCAUUACUCCUAUACCCCCCACCGAUACUUCCCAAUUUGUAGCCAAACUAGAUAUUCAAAUAUUAAGUAAUCCACAUGCAUGUUAUAAAACAUAAAAUAUGUCUGUUAUAAAAGUGAGCAUCCCUCGAAUUUGAAAUUUCCAGCGACACCACUGAAAUUAAAAUCUCCCCACACAGUUUGGUAUAAAAUUAUCACUUUAAAACACCGACUUAACAUCGUGGUGGCGGGUUUCCACUCUUUGAUAAUAUUACAGGUAUCGCGUACUUGUGUAUUUAUGCAGAUGUAAAGCAUUUUCUUCGGAUCUCACAUGGAAGGGUUAUUGAAAAGUGUUCAGAAAGUAUUCACGGCUGACCCUGUCCUCAGUGGGACAAUACUGUAUUUUGAUUGACCACCAUCACAUUUUCAUUAUUUUUGCGCGGUGUGCAUCUAUGUUGAACAUAAACAUGUUUUCCUUUCAACGCAUAUCGUAUAUUGUUCAACGUUUGAUAUGGUUAUUCCUAUUAUUCCAUGAUAAAGAUGUAUAUUUUUAUUCAAUAUUCUGAAAUAUUCGUAUCCUUAUCAAAUGUUGAGUAUAUAUCGAUUAAUAUGGAAACGUUUUGUAUAGAAUACAUAUACCUCCCUACCCUUUUCUCAAUAUAUAUUAAUUAAUAUUCCUUAACGCAGCUGGACAGUUUGGUGUGAGUUCGAGCCAGACGAGGAUUAUAAACAGUGUUCUAAAUAGCGCAUGCAGUUGGAAAAACUCGUCUUAGUUCGAACCAGAUGAGGUUACAAACAGCAUCCUUAAUAUUGCAUGCCUUUGCCAGUUUGGUCUGAAUUCGACAGAGGAGGUUUAUAAACAGCGUCCUUACUAUGGCAUGUAGUGGCCAGUUUGGUCUACGUUUGAGCCAGACAAAGUUAUGACAGUGUCCUUUUUAAUGCAUGCAGUUGGCAAAAAUCGUCUUAGUUCGAGCCAGAUGAGGUUAUAAACAGCGUCCUUACUAUGGCAUUUAGUGGCCAGUUUGGUCUACGUUUGAGCCAGACAAAGUUAUGACAGUGUCCUUUUUAUUGCAUGCAGUUGGAGAAUUUGGUCAGGAUUCAAUACAGACGAGGUUUGCCGCGAGGAAGGUAUAAAUGAAAUUGUUGGUAUGGUGUUAUAGCGAUUGACCUGAUCACGUGAACCUAAUAACUUGCAAAUGUGUUAUUGUAGUUGUCUACCCAUUAAUGUACUGCAUACAAUUCACAUAAUGUGUGAACACUACUUUCGAUGACCUUUUACGUCAUUUGCUACCAUUUUGAGGCGUGAUCAAAUGAGUUGUCUUUAAUCGAACACAAAAGUUUGUGAUGCUUCGCGUGGUGUUUAUUCUUUUAUGCAUAAUACUCUAUUUUGUUACUUUGUUACCCGUGAACAAAUUAAUAAGACGUUACAAUUUCAUCUGAUUGAAUGGUUUCAAGACAGUAUUGUGAAUGAAUUGAAAUAUCAAAGAAAGAAGUGUUUUCAAGUGCAAGAAGACAAUAUUGAUAUUAUUUCCCAGAUCAUGUACAUACAAUACUGGUGGCUCAUGUAUAAGCACAUACUGGAAGUCGCUGUACAGAGUUCGCUCCAUUAGUCUACCAGGAUCCGCUGAUCGCGGGAUUGGAACACUGUCAGCAAGAUACCCAUGCUUUUGUGUUUCAAUUUGGCAAGCGUCUGCGAUCUGCAGCACAUUAUUCCAACCCCAUUGAGCUAAACACAACUGACAAUGUUCCAAAUCGAGUGAAAUGUUUGGGAGUGAGUGAGUGAGUAUGGUUUUACGCCGCUUUAAGCAAUGUUCCAGCAAUAUCACGGCGGGGGACACCAGAAAUGGGCUUCACACAUUGUACCCAUGUCGGGAAUCGAACCCGGGUCUUCGGCGUGACGAGCGAACGCUUUAACCACUAGGCUACCCGACCGCCCAUUGAAAUGUUUGGGAAAACUAUCCCGAGCAUACAAUUAGAAUUAUGAAUGGCACUUAUUAUUCACAAUUUGUCCGAGUGAUUCAUUACGAUUCAUGAAAUAUGCAAUAUAAUGUAUGAAGCAUGUGUGGCCUUUUCAAAGUUGCCAUGGGAACCAAUGUGACAUAUUUGUAGGAUGUAUAUGCUAUACACAAUCCUAUACGCUAUGUUAUACCGUUGUACAUGUGUUAACGUGAUAUAUGCUGCUAUGCUUGAACAGCAGUGUACUAUAUUGCCACAUUCCAUCCAGUUAAAGUCAAGAUUGCGAUGUGAAGAUGGUUUAUAAUAUUACGAUAUUUUCGUUGUAUCAUUUAUACUUGCAUACACUUGUUCAUCAGAAGUUAUAAUAUAUGAAAACCGUGAUAAAAGUUGUAUUACUUUGUUACUGUUUCUGUUAUCAAAUUAUUGCAUCAAAUAAAUAUGUCUUUUCA